AUGUGGUCGGGACUUUUCAUGUUGCUCGUCUUGAGCACCAUCAUGACAAUCGCUUCCUUCCUCGCUGGAUCCUUACCGUUAUCAUUCUCCCUCUCCCAACGGCAGCUUCGUUUGACCACGGCAAUUGGCACUGGUGUCCUAGUAGGGACCGCCCUCAUCGUUAUCAUCCCUGAGGGCAUCGAGACACUGUACAGCGCGCGCGAAGUUGGUCAUACCCACGCAGCAAGAUCGCUCUCCCUAGAUUCUGGAAGCCAGAAUGCGCUGUCUGAACUGCUGCCUCUUGACUUGUCAUACCCCGAUAUUUCAACUCUUGACUUAAACACCAGGGAUACCGACUUGACUGGACCUGAUGAUGGACGCCCAGAGGACGGACAACCUUCUUCACAAGAGCUCGAUCACAAGACAGAAGAACACAAGGCCGAGGAUCACGAUGAUUGGGAGCCUCAUGCCUGGAUUGGAGUCUCGCUAGUCCUGGGCUUUGUCUUGAUGUACCUCAUCGAUCAAUUGCCUCGUCACGCGGCAGCUUCUUCUCAACCGCAGAGCUUCCAUAUCGCGCUGGAUCGCUUCAACCUCCAGAGAUCAACAAACCAAACUUCUGAAGCUGAAGACUCUGAUGGUCCACCGCCUGACCCCAUGCAAGAAUCACGUCCUUCCUCGACUACUGUAGGUUUGGUGAUCCAUGCUGCUGCAGACGGCAUCGCUCUCGGAGCCUCGUCAAGUGCUUCUUCGCGAAGGUUGGGCUUUAUUGUCUUUGUCGCCUUGAUGAUACACAAGGCUCCCGCCGCGUUUGGCCUGACUUCAGCAUUGCUCAAGCAGGGACUUUCUAAGAGGAGAGCACGAAACCACCUUAUUGUGUUCAGUUUGGCCGCUCCAAUCGGCGCAUUGUUUACCUGGGCCCUCGUCAAUAUAUUCGAGGGAGGAAUUGGCCAGAGCGAACAUGGCACUCGUUUCUUCACCGGACUGCUACUGUUGUUUUCGGGUGGUACCUUCNUUGUAACAAUGCAUGCGAUGCAAGAUACGAAACACGGUCACGACAUGGGAAAUGCUACUCCCAAUGGCUAUAGCGACCCGAACGUGUACGAUGGGUAUCAGUCAGCAUCAAACAAGCAGGAAGGUCCUGUGCUCAGCGACACGCUGGCUGUA